AUGGCUCUUCAAAGCUACAACGUUCAUAAAGCCAUGAACGACAUGUCUCUGCCUCUCCUCCGCUCUCCCUCUCAGUCUCUCUGCCUCCCCCCCGCUCUCCCUCUCAGUGUCUCUGCCUCCCCCCCGCUCUCCCUCUCAGUGUCUCUGCCUCUCCUCCGCUCUCCCUCUCAGUCUCUCUUCCUCUCCUUCGCUCUCCCUCUCAGUCUCUCUUCCUCUCCUCCGCUCUCCCUCUCAGUCUCUCUGCCUCUCCUCCACUCUCCCUCUCUGUCUCUCUGCCUCUCCUUCGCUCUCCCUCUCAGUCUCUCUUCCUCUCCUCCGCUCUCAGUCUCUCUUCCUCUCCUUCGCUCUCCCUCUCAGUCUCUCUUCCUCUCCUCCGCUCUCCCUCUCAGUCUCUCUGCCUCCCCCCCGCUCUCCCUCUCUGUCUCUCUGCAUCUCCUCCGCUCUCCCUCUCAUCUCUCUUCCUCUCCUUCGCUCUCCCUCUCAGUCUCUCUGCCUCUCCUUCGCUCUCCCUCUCAGUCUCUCUUCCUCUCCUCCGCUCUCCCUCUCAGUCUCUCUGCCUCUCCUCCGCCCUCCCUCUCAGUCUCUCUGCCUCUCCUCCGCCCUCCCUCUCAGUCUCUCUUCCUCUCCUCCGCUCUCCCUCUCAGUCUCUCUGCCUCUCCUCCGCCCUCCCUCUCAGUCUCUCUUCCUCUCCUCCGCUCUCCCUCUCAGUCUCUCUGCCUCUCCCCCGCUCUCCCUCUCAGUCUCUCUGCCUCUCCUCCGCUCUCCCUCUCAGUCUCUCUGCCUCUCCUCCGCCCUCCCUCUCAGUCUCUCUGCCUCUCCUCCGCCCUCCCUCUCAGUCUCUCUUCCUCUCCCCCGCUCUCCCUCUCAGUCUCUCUGCCUCUCCUCCGCCCUCCCUCUCAGUCUCUCUUCCUCUCCUCCGCUCUCCCUCUCAGUCUCUCUGCCUCUCCCCCGCUCUCCCUCUCUGCCUCUCCUCCACUCUCCCUCUCAGUCUCUCUGCCUCUCCCCCGCUCUCCCUCUCAGUCUCUCUGCCUCUCCUCCGCUCUCCCUCUCAGUCUCUCUUCCUCUCCUCCGCCCUCCCUCUCAGUCUCUCUGCCUCUCCUCCGCCCUCCCUCUCAGUCUCUCUUCCUCUCCUCCGCUCUCCCUCUCGGUCUCUCUGCCUCUCCUCCGCCCUCCCUCUCUGUCUCUCUGCCUCUCCUCCGCUCUCCCUCUCUGCCUCUCCCCCGCUCUCCCUCUCUGUCUCUCUGCCUCCCCCCAGCUCUCACAGCGGGGAUGGAGGUGUUACUGUUAUUACCUGAGGGACGAUAUCCAGACAGAUGCCUUCGCAGCAGGAGCACCUUCACCGGAUACACCCCGUCCAGGCACAACAACCUGUCUGUAUUUGGCUCUGCACACUCCAGUCGAGAGGCCACACCACUGAUGCAUCUGUUCAACAAGACAAAGGACUACGUCUGUAAGGGAGAAACAGAACAACUAAUAUGUGAGUGA